AUGCUGUCUGACGCUACAAAACCAUUGGACUUCCCAGGAACGGUUUCCUGUCUUGACAAUGAAAUCCAGUUGCAAAAACCUAAAGGAAUCCGCAUGACUUUGUGGGAGAAUAUUCGUAUUGUGGACUCUACUGGCCAGGUAUUGGAUUGCGGGAAUACUAAGGGUAAAACGCUGACUGUUCCUGACAAAUGUACCAUACAAGAGGCAGGAAGACGUGUAUUGCAUUUGGCGAUAAAUACCACCAAAGAACAAACUACUUAUAGGGUUGUAUGCUUUGAUGCCCAAGAUGAUGAGGUGCCACAAGCGGCGGAUGUCACCUGUGGAGACUCUAAAUUUACAGCUAAAAUCCCCAGAACACUCUAUGGAUUUGAUGAUGAGACUGUUGUUCCUAUCAAACACCCUUACUGGACCAUAUCAAUUAAAGGUGCCAACCCUGAAACCAUGUCUCUAGCAGAAGCCAAAAAAGCAGGAUAUGAAAUCUUAAGCGAUGUAAGCAACUUCAUAAUCCAGGCUCCAUACAAUGCUCCUGGUAUCAGAUCAUGGAACGUUGAAAAUCAGAUGACAUACACUGGUAACAUCAAACUGUCUUCUCGCUAUCAGUCUCAAAGCAUUGUCAUAGAGGUGGCAAUCAUUUGUUACAAAGGCCCUCCCAUCUGCAAUAAUACGUACAUGAUGAUAAAGAUGCCAAACUUCGGUGGUGUCCUGGCCGGACUUGAACUGGAUAAUGUACAACUUCCCAUGAGUGCCUCAGCUCUUCAGCAAAAAGGAUUCAUUGUGGAUACUAGAAAUGGUAUCUGGUUAUACAUUAAAAGCAGUAUAUUAAAGAGAGAUGGAAAUACCAGUUACCUAAAUUCACUAUUGGCCUACUUUAAUUUAGAUGAUUCAAUUAUACCAAUGCUUAUCAAUGCAAAAUGUGUAAAUGAUCAAAAUCCCCCAUGGGCUACAUGUACAACAGAUGGGAAUAUGAGAUUUGAAGUACUUGAUUCAAUAACAAGUCCACCCUUAGACUUGACUACUGUGAGAUUGGGAGAUAAUACCUGCAAACCAAAUACUACGUUUAAGAAUAGGCUGAUCUUCAAUGUACCUCUGAAUGCUUGUGGCACUAAAGUGAAGUUUAUAGACAAUUAUGCCAUAUUUGAAAAUGAAUUGUAUGCAUUCUGGAAUGAUGCUAGACUAAGAAGAAUUUCAAGAGACAGCGACUAUAGGGUGACAGUUCGAUGUUACUACAGAAGUCUCUCUAAUGCAACAGUGAUUGUAAAUGUGGCAACACUUCCGCCCCCUGUAUCUUCCAAAAGUGAUGGUCCACUCUCUCUUAUACUCGACCUUUAUCCAGAUGACGCCUACACAAGUCCCUAUAGUAGCUUUCUGUAUCCAAUUGUGAAGACUUUGCGUGACCCAAUAUACCUGGAAGUACAACUUCUGAACCGCAAUGACCCAAAUAUUGAACUAGUCCUGGAUGACUGUUGGGCAACAAUGUCAAAAGAUCCAAAUACUUUGCCAAAAUGGGGUAUUCUUGUUGAUGGAUGCCCAGUAUAUGAGGAUAGUAGCAUAACUGUGCUUCAUCGUGUUGGCUCUAAUGUGCCACUACCAAGUUACAGGAAAUGGUUUGAAGUCAAAACAUUCUCUUUUGUGUCCAAUGGGGAAGCCACAACAAACUUGAUUUACUUCCAUUGCAGUGCUAUAGUUUGUGACACAACAUCACCUGACUCUCCACUUUGCACAAAGAUCUGUCCAGUGGCCAGAAGAAGAAGAGACAAAAAUCACUUGAACAAAGAAUCUACUCUUGUGAGUCUCCCAGGCCCAAUAAAAUUUCUGGAUCCAGACAGCCGUGUGCAACAAUAUGAAGAUCAUGCUAAUGUCGUCAUGGAGCAGUUGGUUACGGUCGUUUUGCCUCUUAUUGGAAUGUCUGCUGUAAUUGUCUUGGCAGUUGUUGUCAUUUUGGUUUUUAAAUGGAAACGCACAAAUGUUACACUAAGCACUUUCUAAUAAAAUGUGUAAUUGCUA